UUGCGUCCCUCUCGCUGCGCCGUGCUCGCGCUGAUCGCCGCCGCCGCGCUCGCCGCCGCGGAGACCAGCGAGGCGAGCGCCCGGAUGCAGGUGGAGAUUGACGCUGCAGCUGGCUCCGCCGCGGCGGCGGCGCCCGACCCGCGGCUGAACGAGCACAUGAUGGGGCUCGCGGCCGAGAUGUCCGACCAGCUCACCGACAUCAUGGCGUCGCUGCAGCACGGCUCAGACUCUGCGCGCGACGCGGCGGUCGCGCGCCUCGGCCAGCUCUCCAUUGCGACGGCCGAGGCGGGCCGCGAACAGGCGCGCAUGUUCCGUUCGGCAGUGGUGGUGGGAGGCGCACUGCCGGAGCUGGUGA